AACUCCCUAUGUUGUCGUCUACCUUGCGUCCUAUUUCUUCUUCCUUGCUUCUUUCCCCAAUUCCGCCUACCUACGAUUCCUUCUCAUAAAACCGGGUACUUGGAUCCACAGAUUAUUCCUCGAUUUCACUUCUCCUCUUUUGCAUCUCAGCGAGGCCCCGACGAGCUGCUGCAAUUCGCUUGAGAACCUGUGAUUCCCCGGUUCCGUGAUCGAAUUGGAGAGCGUCGCGAUCUGGAUCCACCUCCGCCACCACCUCCAUCUCCACCACCACACUUCCAAUAUACUUGAUUCUCUAGGCGAUUGGGUGCCAUGAACCCCGAUAUGCAACUUCUUCUGGCAGAAAUCCAAAAGCUCACAACCAAGCAAUCCACAAUCCAGAAGCAACUCGCAUAUCAGCGGGAUCUGCUUGAGUGCCGCAUCCAGGAGGCAAAUUUGUCUAUAGAGAAGCGCUUCGAUGAGUCGGACACCACCAUCGAGCGUCGCAUCCUCAACUCAGAGUUGCGCCAUGACGCACGCUUCUUCGUCAUCGAGAAAGCCACCUGCGAGGGUGUCGUCGAUGACCCACAUCUGCACAUUUGCAAGUCCGACAAGUAUUGGAAUCGUUCCAUGAUUCAAGCCACCAUCAAGCCAGCGCUCAUCCUCGAGACUCCCAUCAAAUCAGAGCAGCACGUCGCGCCCCCACCUGCUCGCUACAUGGCUGCUCGCCCCAACGGGCACCCCGUCGCCAACGACCACCGGGAGAAUGAGCAGGAGUUGUCACCACCCCCACUCUUUCUCCAGUCAUGGGACGAUGCAUCAAAGAAGCAUGAUUGGAGGUGUAUUGAUGCUCCCUUGGCGCCACGAUGGGCUCCAAAGGGCGCCUACCCUCUAUCUUCUCCACUAGGAGUAGAUAAGGCACAAGUAGUCUCCUCUAAUAAGUCAGGUCUGGCCCCCAAACCUCUGGAUCGUCGUGUUGCUGACCUCAAGGCAUAUCGCCAUGCUCGCGAGCUACAUGAUUAUUGCGGAGAGAAGUGGAUCCAAGACCACAAGUGUGUGACCCAAGGCAAUCUCCAUGUGCUGGAAGAACUUUAUGCUCUUUUCUCGACUGAAGAUACUGUAGAUAGUCCGGCAACAGAAGAAGAUGAGGAACAGUUAUGUCAUUGUUUGUCUGCUGAUGCAGCAAGUUUUGUGACCAGCGUCAAGGCUCUGCAGUUUAUAGGACAGAUUCAUCAGCUCCCUAUUCUGAUACUUCUUGAUUCAGGCUGCUCUACUUCUUUCAUAAGUCAAGACUUGGUUACUCGGCUUUCUGUUCUCCCAGUGCAGUGCAAGCCCUUUAGCGUCACGGUGUUGAAUGGAGAAACAAUGCAGUGUGCUAGUCUCCUACCUGAGACAGUUUGGACUAUGAACAAUUAUCAUUUUCAGCACGAUUUUAGUAUCUUGUCUAUGGACCAUUAUGACAUCAUUCUCGGAAUGGAUUGGCUCGAACUGUUCAGCCCAAUGGAAGUCGAUUGGCGUCAGCGUUGGCUUGCUUUUUCAUACAAUGGUAUUCCUGUUCGUUUGCAAGGUGUUUCUCCAGAUGUUCCUGACUUUCCCAAUGAGUUGCUGGUUCCGUCUGAUAAUAACAAGGCUACGAAGCAAAAACCCCCGCCUCCGAAUGAUUGUCUGGCGCGCCCGCGCGGAGCGCCACGCACGGCUGCACGGGACGGGACCGCGCCCGGCCGGCCCCCGACUGUGCGGCGGUCGCUAGCGUCCACCGCUGAAAGCCUGAAUUGA